UGGAGCCAGUGUGGUCCAAUAGAAUCCACCAGCCAGAGACACGUUGAACAUUAUUUCCUUAGCAAACAUGUCAGCCUCCAGUCCGUAGAAGAACUACAAAUAAAUUAAGAGAUCUAACGUUAAUAGAUUAAAGUUCACGAUGGUCGUUGUUGAGUCCGACACUACUAUCCUCCUUCGUGUCAAAGGGCCGCUGGAGUUUAAGUGUCAGCUGGAUCUUACAGAUGCACUUCUUAGGCAAAAGGUAAUCUCGGCAACAUUCGAGGCCCUUCGCUCCCAGGUGAAAUCUGACUCAUGUGUCCUCGCUGUCUGCAACAGUCCUGUUAUUAUUUGGCCAAACAAAAGAAUUUUUGCCACACCUCAAGAAAUAACUCCAGACACACUGUGCGAGGAUGUACAUCAGUGGAUACAGACAGAUGAACAAGAAACUUCUGGCAAGAGAUCUGCAAAAAAGAAAAGCAAAAAAAGUUUGUCAAUGAGCGUCGUAAACCUUCGGCUGAUGACGGAGGUGUCAAAACCUGGUCCUCUAUCUGCACCAGUCCUCAGCAAAACCGUGCAGAAAUCUCACUUCCUGUCUACAGCUCUUCCCAUGGACUGCGUUGUACGCGCCAGCUGCACCGACACAAUCAAAGAUGGCUGUGAGCGACUGUUAGAGGCGCUUACUCAUCAGUUGUGUGAGAUGGAGAAAGUGAUGCUGCAGCACAUUAGUGGGACAACGCUGCUUGUCCCUGAACCGCUCCACUUCCUGCUUCCAGAGCCAAAAGGACUGGUGACCGUGGUUUAUCCAGCGGGAGUGCCUGACAACCAACUAGAGACACAACGCAAGGAUCUGCAUCAGCAGUUUGAGCUGCCAGAUGACAGGCCAUACUUUAGAAGAGCCAAUACCUUCCACUUUCCUAAUGAGCCCUACAGAGACGGUUAUCUCAGAAACCCUCAUGUGACUCUUACACAUCCUUCGCUGGAUAAUGGAAAGGUUUACAUGGUCCAAGGUAUCUACAGUUACCAUCACUACAUGCAGGAUCGGGUAGAUGACAAUGGCUGGGGCUGUGCUUAUCGCUCCCUGCAGACCAUCUGCUCGUGGUUCCAGCAGCAAGGUUACGUUGAGCGGUCGGUUCCUACUCACAAGGAGAUCCAGCAGGCUUUGGUGGAUGUCGGAGACAAGCAGACAUCCUUUGUGGGCUCGCGCCAGUGGAUCGGAUCCAUUGAGGUUCAGGCUGUUCUGAACCAGCUGCUUGGGGUGACUUCCAAGAUCAUGUUUGUGAGUCAGGGAUCUGAGUUGGCAUCUAAAGGCAGAGAACUGGCCAACCACUUCCUUACUGAAGGAACUCCCAUCAUGAUUGGAGGGGGAGUGUUGGCUCACACUAUCCUGGGAGUGGCAUGGAGUGAGACCACGGGGGAGAUCCGCUAUCUCAUCCUAGAUCCUCAUUACACAGGAGCAGAGGACUUACAGGUUAUCACAGACAAGGGCUGGUGUGGCUGGAAAGGACCUGACUUUUGGGAUCAAACUGCAUAUUAUAAUCUGUGUCUGCCUCAGAGGCCGAAGAUCAUCUGAGCUCCCACAGCUUUUCAGGUGGACCUUGUGUGGUUUUGGUGAAAAACUACGUUCAAACAAACAUUCAAAACUAAGAAGUACUUUUAUGGAAGACUUUGGAAAUUUAAGGAAUUUAUGUCAAAUACUAGUGAUUUACGCUCGUAGAUUUGGUUAAUUCAUACAUAAAUUACUGACAAAAAUUCCAACUGGAGAUGGAUGGAAUAUUUGUAUUAAAGAGCAAAUGACUAAACUGUA